UGAAAUAGCUUUCAUGCUUAACUUAUAUAUUGUUCUUAUAUCUACUUACAGAUUGGAUAAAAGCUUCUUUGUGUGAAGGAUUACACGAAGGAAGGGACAACACGUCCGGCUGACGGCUUACUGUCAGUUUAAGGAUUAUCCUGCUGUGAAAUCCUUUUUGUGAUUGCGUUUCACACGAACUUAAUUUAUUUCGUAAUAAUUGAAUAUAGUGUUCAAUUUAUUUUUCUGUAAUUGUGAUAAAAAGAAAUUACAGAUCACGCACGUUCAAAUCUCUUUUGUUUCCUUUUGUGUAAGGCCUCCGAGAUUUAACAAAACUCUACCAGGCUAUUAAAUUCACUGUUUGAAGUGUGGUCUUUAAGUGAAAAAGACCAAUAGUUUCAUAUAAUUGUUUGAAUAUAUUAUGGACAAACUUGGUUAUUACGUCAAUGUCACUUAUGAAGCGUUCACUACUUUUUACUAUGAGAAUUCAACAGCAACUAUGGGAAACUAUAUUUCAGAUACCCCGCCAUCACCGGCUUUACGUACGUUUGAAGCAAAAUAUAAACCUAUUCACGGGUACUUAGCAGCAAGUGUAUGUGUAUUUGGAGUAAUUGCUAACGUUCUAAAUAUCAUAGUGCUUACAAGGAAAAAUAUGGUUUCAUCUACAAAUAUAAUACUUACCGGCUUAGCCAUAUCGGAUGGGCUAACUAUGGCUUUUUAUUUCCCAUGGGCGCUGCAGAUGUAUGUUAUACAUGGGAUUGAUGUUAGUCCAGAGAGGGACACUGAAGGAUGCGCAAAGUUUCAACUCAGUUAUGCCAUUGUAAGUGUAAUUGUUCAUUCUAUAGCUAUUUGGUUAACAGUUACACUCGCUGUUUUCCGUUACGUCUUCAUACGCUUUCCGAGGAUAGGAGCCCAGUAUUGUAACGUACAAAAAGCGAAAACUGCAGUAAUAGCCGUGGCUGUGGUUGUUACUAUAGUCUGCAUACCAAAUUCAAUAUCUUAUGAGUUGAAAAAUGAGCCAGCAGUUCUUCAUGGCUUCAACAAUAGUAAUGAUUCACUCUGGUGGAUUGACGUCAAAAAUAACACUAAUACGGAUGUCGUUUUACAAAAAUUUAAUUUUUGGGUACAGGCUAUAUUUGUAAAAUUACUGCCGUGCUUCAUGCUUACUAUCUUCAGCGUCCUUCUCGUCAGAACAAUGCAGGAUGCUGAAAAUAGACGCAAAAAGAUGAUGACCAAAAAUUCUGUCGCAGACGGAGAAACGCAGCCCAUAGGAACAAGCUCGAAAAGAUCUCGCCGUUCUCAGCGAACUACCAGAAUGCUUCUUACGGUUGUUAUUCUAUUUUUAGUAACGGAAACUCCGCAAGGAAUUAUGAAUUUACUCAGUGGCCUAAUACAAGACUUUUUUCAUCAUAUCUACACACCACUAGGUGACUUGUUAGACAUUCUUGCCUUGAUCAAUAAUGGUAUAAAUUUUGUUUUGUACUGUACAAUGAGCAAGCAAUUCCGGGACACGUUCAUAUCCGUGUUUUUCCGAUGUUUUUCAAUUGCAAAUGGGCGCAAAAUGCAAACUGUUACUACAAUGGUCACGACGAGAGAUUCUGAAGUAUAAGGUUGGACUUAUUUGUUGUUAUUAGAGAUAAAAAAUAUAUGUACUAUUAUGUGUUAUUGUAAAUAUAUAUUACAAAAUGUUUGUAUAUAUUAUACAUGUAUAACUAUGAUAUAGUGGUGUAGUUUACUUAAUGUAUUGUGUUACAUGCGAAUGUGAUGUUUAUUUGCUUUUCAUAAAACAUGUUAAUUGCCGAAAAUUUGUUAAUCUUAUUAUAAAUAUAUACAUAUUUAGCUGCACAAAUUAAUGCGUACUAAGACAUGAUCUUGUUAAAAAAAAACUAAAAACAAAGUGAUCCUUCGUAUUUAAAGUUUGACAUGAAUAACAAACUGUGACUUUUUUGCCUUGAAUAUAAAUGAUAUACUCGCAAUUUUAAAGCCACUUCUUUUUUCGCCUGUUCAUUGAUAGUUUUAUAACUGUUCAAAUCAGUAAAACGAACAAAUUCAACACAAUUAAAAACAAAAUAAAACAUGGUACUUUAGCACACAAUUUAUAUUAAACUGUGUGUAUCAGUUCAGUACAUUUUGAAUCAUGAUAGGGAUAGUAUCGCCGUCUUAUUGUAGGGUUUGCAUUUAUCAAUUUAUUUAUUUAUCUUUAAUUCAUGUUUACAAGAGAAGACUUUUUUAUGAAUAUUUAAACAACAAACGUUUUCAAUAUGUAAUAAACAAUCGGAAAGGUUUAACAAUGUUUGAUAUGUCACGCAUGGAAUAUUAGUGAAGGAAUCAAGAAAAUAUUUCCUUGUUAUUUCAAAAAUAACCCAACAAAUUACUAUUGAAAUAAGAAAAUCAGAUUUUUAAAAAAAAAACUUUUAAGGUAUUUAUCGACAUGUUUCUUAUUCAUAAUUGCAAGCACUCUUUGGAGUUUGUUCUUGAAGUCGACAGACAAAAUAUCAUGUAUUUUAUUGACGCCGUUUUAAAAAAAAAUCGAGUUGUACUGUAGCUAAUUUUGCUUGCUGUGAAUAAAUGUCAAAAAUACCACCGCGGUUGUAAACUAAUGAAUUGUAACAUAUCUGCCGGUUCGUUAUGUGUAUGCUCGUUGCUUUAGUUGCUUAAAUUUUUUCCCUUUUAUGACAUAUCAUAAUUGAAUUAUAUCAAAUCAAGUCAUUUAGAAAAUAAUUUCAUCAUCGUAAGUAUAUUAUUGUUGAAAUUUCCUAUUUGUAUUUACUAUCUAAACGACAUCUUCAGCACAUGAAUUUAUUGUGUAUGAAAUUAAAAAUAUUGUUCUUUUUCUUCCAUGAUAAAUUGACUCUAAGGUAAAACACAGGUACAUUAUGGAAAUGAUUUCUAUUUUCAGUUUAUUUGAUCGAUGCUUUCAUCGUCAUAUUUUAAUCUGUAUUGGUGUAUGGUGAUGUUCAUACUCUCUUGCAUGUGUUGAGUGUUAAAAAAGUUAUAAAAUGUUUUAAUAGUCUAAUAUCUUUCAUGCUUAUUGAAUAAAGACGUACAUCCUA